AUGGAUAUUGGAUCCCCCGACGAUGUUUGGUAUCAGGGCAAGGUGCCCGACUUUCGGUUCCUCUCCAAGGAAGAGUUGCCACCAGGAGCAAAGUACGGCAUGAAGUAUAAGACGCUGGUUACUACGCCCCAGGUUUUCGUUGCGUGGAUGCGGCAGAGACUUGAGGCACGAGGGAUCAAGUUCGUACGAGCUAAUGUGCUCGCUCUGGGGGACUUGAAGGACCUCGGCCACGACAUUCUCAUCAAUGCUUCGGGGCUUGGAUCCGCCACCCUCAAUGACAUCCGGGACCCUCACCUGAUCCCUUAUCGCAACCAGUCUCUCGUCAUCCGGGAUAGCAACUAUCAAGGUCUCUAUAUCCGACGAGGGCCCGACGGCUACUAUUCUACUGCGGUUGCACGACAAGAUGGAAACGUCUACAUGGGUGGUUUGCUCACUGCCAAUAGCACAGAUAUUGCAGCAUCAGAGGAGACCCGUAACAGGAUCAUCGCCCGCGUUCACAAGAACCUGCCGCAGUAUUUCCCAUCCCCAAAGAUUGAGGACUACGAUUUCAUUUUUGACCAUGUCGGGUACUGGCCGUCGCGUCUCACCGAGAAUGGUGGCAACAGGGUCGAGAAAGAGGUCCUUGAUGGCCAGAGAGUCAUCCACGCCUAUGGCCAGUUCGCUGGUGGAUACGUCAACGGCUACGGCAUUGCUCUGAAGGUUCGGCGACUCGUGGAGGAGUUCCUAUAUCCGUUGGCUAGACUGUAG